AUCCAUUUUUGAAUUGAAUUUUUGACUUCGAGCCGAGCGGACGUUCUGAGCGCGUGUGUCGUGGCCGAUCGAAGUUCUAUACGCAUCCAGAAAUCGAAAUCAAAGGAAAUACAUUUUUUUGUUUCAAGACCGAAAUUAAAUGAUAAAUAAAUUCACGACAAAUUGAAGAGUGCAAGAAAAAUAUACAAGUAGUCCCCAAAUAAUGUGCCCAAAUACAACCGAAUACCAUGCAGCGACCCAAAAAGUGCUCUAAACUGUGCUGAACCGACAACCGACAACCGACAACCGACAACAAACAACAACAAAUACGAGAUAUAUUUCCCACAAAAAUAUACCAUAAAUCCUAUGUGAAAUCGUAUCGAAAAUGGCAGCCGAACAAAUUGCUAAAAUGGCCAAAAUGGCCAAUGAAUGGAUUAAACCGAGCCACAAUCGCACAGCAACAGACACAGACCCCAAGCAGAAAACAGCUACAGCAACAGCACCGAGUAGGCAUCUCUCGCUCCUGCUGCUGCUGCUGCUGCUUCUGGUCGCACUCUGUCCGCUGCCAGCCGUCAACGCCAAUGCCAGCAGCAGCAGCAGCAGCAGCAGCAGCAGCAGCAGCAGCAGCAGCAGCAGCAGCAGCAGCAGCAGCAGCAGCAGCAGCGGCAGCGGCAGAGAUGGCACCCUGGAGACCUUCGCCGUGGCCUCCGUGAGCUCCAGCCUGGACAAGGACCACGAGCAGGCGGUGCGCCAGAGAGCACGGCCCGCGAUGGAGACCAGCAUGAACAUGAUCCAGCGGAACUACAUGGUGAUGCACCCAGCGGGAGGCGGCCACGGCCACGGCCACGGCCACUCCACGACGGACCACAGCCGCUCCCUCAAGAGGGCCGCGCUGACCAACUCGAGCAUCACCUGCAACGACGGCACCCACGCCGGCUUCUACCUGCGCAAGCAGCCCAGCUCCAAGAAGUGGAUCGUCUUCCUCGAGGGUGGCUGGCACUGCUUCGAUGUGAGGUCGUGCCGCGCCCGGUGGCUGAGACUGCGCCACCUCAUGACCUCCUCCCAGUGGCCGGAGACGAGAGAUGUUGGUGGCAUCCUGUCGCCCCAUGCCGAGGAGAAUCCCUACUGGCACAAUGCCAACCACGUGCUCAUUCCGUACUGCAGCAGCGACUCGUGGUCGGGCACCAGAACGGAGCCGGACACCAGCGACAGGGAGAACAGGUGGCGCUUCAUGGGUGCGCUGAUCCUGCGCCAAGUCAUUGCCGACCUCAUUCCACUGGGCCUGGGCCGUGUCCCGGGGGGAGAGCUGCUCCUGGUGGGCUCCUCCGCGGGCGGCCUGGGGGUGAUGCUGAAUCUGGACCGCAUUCGGGACUUUCUGGUCAAUGAGCGCCAGCUGCAGGUCACGGUGCGGGGAGUGAGCGAUUCGGGAUGGUUUCUCGACCGCGAGCCCUACACACCCUCGGCGGUGGCCUCCAGCGAGUCGGUGCGUCAGGGCUGGAAGCUGUGGCAAGGCCUCCUGCCCGAGGACUGCACCAAGGCGCAUCCCACGGAGCCCUGGCGCUGCUACUUCGGCUACCGGCUGUACCCCACCCUGAAGACUCCGCUCUUCGUCUUCCAGUGGCUCUUCGACGAGGCACAGAUGCAGUCGGACAACGUGGGGGCUCCGGUGACGCCCCAGCAGUGGAACUACAUCCAUGAGAUGGGCGGCGCCCUGCGCUCCUCCCUGGACAACGUGAGUGCCGUCUUUGCUCCGAGCUGCAUCGGCCAUGCGGUGCUCUCGAAGCGGGAUUGGGUCAACAUCAAGAUCGACGACAUCUCCCUGCCCUCCGCCCUGCGCUGCUGGGAGCACUCGACGCGCCGCAAGCGCAACGAAAAGCUGAAGCGCUCCACGGAGGCCUCCACGGCCGUCGGCCAGAAUCUGCAUCCGCAUCCCAACAACCAAAGACACCAGCGACACCGCCAGCGCCAGCAGAGGCAGCGGCAGAAGCAGAAGCAGAACAACGUGGCACUGGCGACGCAGCAGCAGCAGCCCCGGAAGCACAAUCACCUAAGCAAGGAGCAGAGGGAGGAGCGCAAGCGGCUGCGCCAGGCGCAGCGGCAGAGGCGCAAGCAACGCCGCCGGCAGCAGCACAAGCAGCAGGCACAGGCCGCAGCCGCCGCCGCCGCAGGCAGAGGAGCAGCAGAGAGCAAGAACAACAACAAGCCGAAGAGCAACGCCAGCGAUACGCACAAGCAGCGACGCCGCCAGCCACUGACGCCGGAACAGCGCCAGGAGCAACGCCAGCGACGCCGCAAGGCGCAGCAGCAGCAGAUGCAGAUGCAACACGAGCAGCCGGCCGCAGGGGAAGCCGGAAACGGAAACGGAAGCGCGAACGGAAGCGGAAACGGAAACGGGGGAGAGGCAUUAGGGGAGCCCCAGAAGCGGCGAUCCUCGAACAACGCCUCCUCCUCCGGCACCAAGUCGAAGAAGCGUCCAAGGGUGCCCCGGGUGCCCGAGAAGUGCGGCCUCCGCCUCCUGGAGCGCUGCUCCUGGCCGCAGUGCAACCACUCCUGCCCCACACUGACCAAUCCGCUGACCGGCGAGGAGAUGCGCUUCCUGGAGCUGCUCACCUCGUUCGGGCUGGACAUCGAGGCGGUGGCGGCGGCCCUGGGCGUCGACAUGCACACCCUCAACAACAUGGAGCGGACGGAGCUGGUCAAUCUGCUCACCCAGCAGGUGAGCUGAGCAAACGGAAAGGACGGAAACAUACCCGUGUGUGUCCCUGUAAAUAUUAGUAGGCCUGUACAUAUAUGUAGAUAUAGGUAGAGCCGCUUUGUACAUACCAUAUCAUACCAUAUGCAACAAAAACCGACAUCCAAAAACCAACCAUCCCCAAGCCACACUUAAGCGGAGCCAAACUCCAAUUCCUAGAACACACCAAGAAACCAAGAAAAAGACAUGCGCAAGUACCCAGUAAUUAAGCAGAGUAGAAUUUAUUUAUACGUAUAUAUAAUAUCCCCACUCGAACACUCGAACACUCGAACACUCGUAUUCGCAUUCACACUACUCGUACAUUCACAUUCACACACCACACACACUCAUAUUUAUUCAUUCGCAUUCAUACGAGCACCCCGAGGAGCCGAAGGAAAUGAAGGAAAUGUCUGCGUAACGAGAAACUAAACACAAAUGCAACCACAAGACUGUUUUAUGUUUUUUUUUUUUUUUUUAAUAUACUUUACACAUACAUAUGUAGGCACAUAGCGUUAGAUACUGUACGGAUAUAAAAUACACAUAUAUAGGUUACAUAUGCUAAAGGAUAAUGAAUUUUUAUGUAAUUUAUUUGAUAAUUUUAUGGCCUUUUUUUUGUGUGUCGACUGUCCAAACUGUUUCAGUUUCAGUUUGUUUUUUUUUUUUAUUUUUUUUUUUUUAAUCAGUUUUUACCUACCUCAGGAUCAGUAAGAAAGAAAUUGAUAGACAGCUGCCUUUAACACAUACAUACAUAUAUCAUUGCGUACCUGUGCAACGACAAAUCAAAUACAAAAUACCUUACUUAUUAAAUGCCCGCAUUCCGUUCAAAAUAAUGUUACUUAAACUUAAACUUUACAACAAAUAAAUACGAAAACAGCUAGAGCAACAAGCAACAAGAACAAAUCGAAUAUAAAUAUAGAACCACAUAAUUGUAAUUGUAAUAAUGUUUGUAAAAAAUUUAUAGCUAAACGUAAACGUAAAGAAAAACCCACAAAAAUAAACACUAAACACAUUAAUAUUAUUACCUAGUGAUCUAAGGCCUGUACAGAACUGGUUGAAGCUUAGCCUUAAGAAUUGUUGUACUUAAACCUUUUGAUAAUUUUAUACGAGUAUAUGUAUGUCUACCACGUAGCGAAGUGUCCAACUGCUAACUGAUUUGUUACAACUUUAGCUCUUGUUCGCAUGUUCAAAUGAACUGAUCACCGAUCCAUCAAGAUGGAAUCACUUGAGGAGGAUAAUUUAUCAGAUGACAGCCAAUAAACAAGCGAAAUAAUUGUAUACAUAA